AUGCGUGGCUCGUCGACAGAGCCACUUGCGGCAGCUUCGAGAUCCGGUCCAAGCACAACAGACCAUCAUGCCGCCCCGGUUGCUGACGAUACUGUCGAUGACGACUUUACGAUACGAGCCGUGCUCGCCGGCCUGCUGAUCGGAUGCCUCCUCGCCUUCACCAAUCUCUACCUCGGCCUUCAAUCCGGCUGGAUCAGCAUGAUGUCGCUUCAAAGCUCGCUGCUCGGGUUCGCACUCUUUCGCAUCCUCCCCCGCCACCUCGAUCUGGCAGGUCGACGGUUCGUGCUCAUGUCGAGCCCGUUCACACCGCAAGAGAACGUGCUGGUGCAGACGACGGCAGCCGCCGUUGGGGUGAUGCCGCUCUCGGCCGGCCUGGUCGGCGUCAUCCCAGCGCUGAAGAAGCUGACGUGGGAGAAGGACGGUAGUGACCCGAUCGAUCUGGACUUUGUGCAUCUCGUGGGAUGGUGCUUCGCUCUGGCUUACUUCGGCGUCUUCUUCGCCUCGCCGUUGCGCGAGCCGAUGAUCGUCAAGGAGAAGCUGACAUUCCCAAGUGGAACGGCGACAGCGCAGUUGAUAGGCGUGCUGCACAACAAGCCGCUGAUCGGACAGAAGACUUCGACCGCAGAUGUGGGCGAUGCAUCGAUACGAAGGCGGCGAGGCUAUUCGGACGAUGCCGAAGUGGGAGCCGCCAACGAGAGAACAGCCCUCCUCAGCGAGCAGGACCGUAGCGACGCCGACCUCGAUAGCCAGCAGGAAGGCCACCAAGACUCGAUCGACAGCUCGAAAGGCUGGAAGGCGCUUGCUUGGUCCUUCUCUGGAUCCGCCGGAUUCACCAUCCUCUCGUACUACAUCCCCGUGCUAUACGCGAUGCCGCUGUUCGACUUCAUCCCACCGCACAACCUGGCGUCAAUGUGGGGCUUCUGGUUCACGCCUUCCCUCAACUACAUCGGACAAGGCAUCAUCAUGGGCUUGCCUACCACGGUCAGCAUGACGGCUGGCGCAAUCGUUGGUUGGGCCGUAUUGAGCCCGCUGGCGUACUUCCGAGGUUGGGCGCCUGGCCAUCCGCUCGACUCGGACGAAGGGAGCAAGGGAUGGAUCCUCUGGAUCAGCCUGGCGAUCAUGUGCUCGGAGAGCAUCGUUGGACUGGUGGCGUUGGUGGCAAGCAAUGGCAUCCGAGACCUGAAAAGCCUGGCCGCAAAGAAGAAGCAGGGCCGACAGCAGGGCAGCGACGAUCAAGGGCACGGUGAUGCGGAUGCCGACGCUCAAGAGGAAGCGGACGAAGACCAUGAGCCGCCCGCUCGUCAGACCCCAAAGGCAUGGGUCAUCGCCGGCUUGCUGGGUUCGACACUGAUUGCAGUCGUUCUGAUCUACAUCUCGUUCGGCGCGGAGGGCAUCUCACUGUGGGCGACUCUCCUCGGUAUCGUUCUGGCUUCGCUGUUCGCUAUCCUAGGCGUUCGUGCGCUCGGCGAGACCGACUUGAACCCCGUCUCCGGUAUCGGCAAGAUCUCGCAGCUGAUCUUUGCGCUUGUGCAGCCAGGCAAUGUGGUAGCCAACUUGAUCGCUGGAGGCAUCUCGGAGGCAGGUGCGAUGCAAGCAGGUGACCUGAUGCAGGACUACAAGACCGGACACCUCGUCGGUGCGUCGCCACGGUCCCAGUUCAAGGGCCAGCUGAUCGGCAGCACUCUCGGCAUAUUGGUGAGCAGCUUUGCGUACAAGCUGUACACGAACGCGUACGAGAUCCCUGGACCGCAAUUCCCUGCGCCGACAGCUGCCGUCUGGCUCAACCUCGCCAGGCUGGUGAAUCACGGACACUUGCCGGACAAGGUCAACGUGUUCAUGAUCGUGUUCGGAGCCAUCUUCGCGGUGACGGGCGUGAUCAAGACACUAGCUCGUAGCAAGGCGCUGCACGAGGAGGGUCAGGUCGGGACAAGCGCUGCCGCCAAGGUGGCCAAGCUAGUGCCGAGCGGCAUCGCUUUCGCUGUAGGCAUGCUGAACACGCCCAACUUUUCGCUGACCCGUCUGGUCGGUGGACUGGUUGCGCAUUGGUACCAUUCGCGUCAGCGUGCAUCUGCGUCGGGGCAAAGAUCCAAGUCGUCUUCCGCACUGGCGGGGAUCGGCAUCAUCAUCGUCGCCAGCGGCUUUGUGCUCGGAGAGGGUGCGGCUAGCAUUGUGACGCUGUUGCUCAAGCAGAACGGAGCUCAAGCUUGGACUUGUGCGGGUUGCCGUGGUGGAUGUGCUGGCGGAUGUUCGUAG